AUUUACAUCUGUUCAUGAUCACACAAACACAAACUCCUCGUGCUCGGGUCGGACUGCUGAACGGGGGUGUGCUGAUGCUGUGGAGCGCUUGCCGCGCGCGGGAGAUUGACCGUUACUUUGUAGCGACUGCUGAGAGGAAACUCGUCGAUCUGUUACAUUUAAACCGAUGAGGGAACAUGAGCUCUCAUGCGUGUUCUCCAGAAGAUGUGCAGCACCAGCAUGUGACCCAGUCCACCAUCCUCCUCCUGCUUCAGGAGGCCACAAAACUCGCUCCGCCAGUGGACGACGAGAGCUGGAGUUCUGGACCGUCUCAUGUUGAGAAUCAAGACACCGGGUCACUCGUCCUCUCCAGCUGUGAAGACUCCGAGUUCAGCGGCUCUUUCUCUGUAAUGCACGAGUCUGAGCACAGCAGCAGCGCAUGGGAGGUGAUGCGUCUGAUCAACCAGCAGUGCGAGCAGCUGCUGCAGUCCGGCUGUGAGGACAGAGGUCCGGUCGAUCUCGACCCAUCAGACGUCACAGAGACCGUGGUGACAUCCAGACCUCUGUUUGAGCCCGAGAGUCCCACUGUUAACUGCAGCAGCGCCCCGGCUGAUGCAUGUUUCUCCGUCAUCGAGCUCACAGAUGAGGAGGAAAUCAAAGAUCCCGAUGAUCUCGCUGAGCUCAUAAAGACACACACAGCGGAUCACAUCAGCGCCAGUGAGAAGACCGAAAAACCGUCUGUGCUGCACAUCGAGGGCCGUUCUGAUCGGGACGAAUCUGUUGUCCCGUCCACAGGAAGUGACUGUCCUCUUGACUUCACUUCCUGUCUGGUGUCUGAGCGAGAUGCUGAGAGUGAGUGGGUCCCUCUGAACGCCUCUGAAAACACACACUGUUCCUCACAGCCGGCCGACCUCAACAAUAAUCUCAUAGAGAGUGUGCAUAAGGAGCUCCAGGGUCGGCAGACGUGUUCGAGGGACGCCGGCAGACGGACGCAGAGGAAGCAGCCUCGUCCCGGCCGCAGCCCCGACCCGCAGGACCCCGGCGUGCAGGGCGUGACCUUCAGCAUGUACCCGCAGCUGGACGCGGAUCACAGCAGACUGAUCAUCACCUCCAACUACAGUGAGGAGAUCCGGCGCUUGAGGAGAAGCAGGAGCAGCCGGUGCCGGACUCAGAGGACCAUCAGCUCCGAGGAGGAGAGCGACUCCUGCGGUCUGUCCCGUCAGUACCGGACACAAGCACCAGAGGGCGCUCAUCACUCUCUCUCACAUGCGCACACACUCUCUCACUCACACACACACACACACACU